AUGGCCGAUAUCGCUCACCCAGUUGCCACGGAUCUUACCAUAUGCAUAUUCUCCUCGCCAGUUUCUCCUUGCGCCCACGAACUGAAUUCCUGGAAAUGGCACCGCAUAGAUAAGGAUCUCUACCUACAUACGUCUCAGCAGAGUGCAUAUCUCUAUGUGGCGCUAGCAAAUAAGGAAAAGCUUGCAGCUGAGGACCUACUAGUCAUGGAUAUCAGAGUCGGCCAGGCGCCAUCUGACCCUAGCCCAGGUCAUUCAUGGGAGAGUCGACCUGGCGGGAUCUGGGUGCUGAGAGGCAACUUCUCUGGCAAGAUUGAUCAAGCUGUGACAGAGGUAGACGUUCUAUUUGGUAUAGAUGCCGUCGACCCCCGACCACAAUGGGAUCUUAUGCGAUCACCGCUUCAACUUAAUGCUCGCUCAAAGAUACCGGUUGCAAGGCUCAGCGUGCUCCAUGGCAGGGCCAGGCCAAGACCAGAUGCUCGCGCGGCUUUGAGAAUCAAAGAGGACGGCAAAUUCAAGAUUGUCCAGAUCUCUGACACGCAUAUGGUCACUGGUAUUGGGGUAUGCAAAGAUGCUAUUGAUGCCCAUGGAAAGAAUCUGCCGGAAAGAGAGGCUGACCAACUGACGGUAAACUUCAUUGAGGAGAUCUUGGAUGUCGAGAAACCAGAACUUGUGGUUCUCACAGGAGAUCAACUGCACCAUGACAUCUCUGACAGCCAAUCUGCCCUCUUCAAGGUGGCUGCUCCUAUGAUCGAGCGUUCCAUCCCGUUCGCAACCGUCUUUGGCAAUCAUGAUAGCGAGGGUCUCCACGCAUUAUCACGUGAGUAG